UGGCUCGGCAGAGUUUCGAGACAACCCGGGUAGACGGACCACAAGGUCAGCGACGUACGACUGAAGACGAGCCGGGAACAACCGACAGUUCGGCGACGAGGCACAGAUGGAAGCGAAGAAUGUUGGAGAUCUUAAAAGGUGUAAAGAAAGGUUGAGGGAAAAGUUGAGGGGAAGGAAAGCUAGUGGUGCCGCCUACACAGCAGGAUGGAACUCGACUCGAGAUUGGGUUUGGCGGCAAAAAGAGCGCCAGAAGGCGACGGCGGGAGCUUGGCAAGCUUGGCGUCGCGUUGCUCCUUGACAGAUGGCGCUAAUCUACCCAGGGACAAGGGGGUACCUAAACCGCAAGGGGGGAAUGGCCCGUUGGUUUGGAGGUGUCGUACGGAUAAUCGUGGGUGCAGGAUCGGGAUCCUUCUUGCAGGUCGGGUGCUUGAGCUUGAGUGGGAAUGGCAGCUUACUGACCGGCCUGUUGUGCUAGGCCCGAAAAGUAAGGGUUGGGGAGGGGAGGGAGGGAGCAACUCGGGGAAGACGGCGAGUGGAUGGAUAAAUGGGCGAGGUUUCCCCCCUUUUCUUCUCGAUUUGAGGUGGGAACUCAGAAGCGAUAUUGUCUUUGAGGGAAAGACGGCCUCUGACUUGGAAACCAGCGUAGGCGGACUUGCGCAAAGAUACGAUGCGGCACAGCUCGUGUUUGGCAGCCUGACUUGCGUCGUUUGCAAUGGCGAGAAGAAAGCACGAAUACGCCGUGGGUUUACGAAUUGUAACAACGGCAAGAGCUGCGCGCAUUCGAUCCCGAGGUGCUUGCCUCGCCUUCGGGAAGAUACGAGACAAUCAGAUGGGAUGAAGAAGCUACGACUCGCUCAGCCCACUGCAAGGCGUUGAGAAACAGAAAGAGGGGAUGAUGAAGGCACGCACAG